UUUAGGGUUCUUGGGAGCUAUGGCUGCGACUGCUGCUAGAAUCGGCGUGGGCGUGGUGGCGCAGAAUUCGUGGCUUCCUGGUGCCAAUCGGCGAUCGCAUUCGCAUCCUUGUGUCGUAGCCGCUGUCUCGGCUUCUUCUUCUUCUUCUUCUUCAUCAUCAUCUUCAUCUUCAUCGUCGGUGUCGGUCUCGUCCGAGGUUCCAAAGCUCGAGCCAUUCACGCAGAGUAGAAGCGUUCGUGGAAUGCGACAGCGGACGCUGCUCGAGAAGGCCGAGCACGCUUUGCAAGACGAAUGCACCAUUCUGGAUGGGGACCAGGCCCACGAGUGCUACGAUGCUCUCUUCGAAUUCGAGAAGAUCAAGGAGAGCUCCCAGGAGGAAUGCGCUGCUGCCUUCGACGAUGCUAAUCAGUCGUGCCAGCCGCUGGAGAGGCUGGAGAAUCUCGUCAGGCAGUCCGGCGGCGUGACCACUCUCAUCAAGAACUUGGUCGUGCUCGCGGGAUUCAAUCGAAAGAAAAACGUAGCGGCGCGCUCGCGGGAAGAGGCAGCGAAGGCGGCGGCAGUGGUGGAGAAGGAGGAGCUGUUCCUGGAGCCAGACUCGAUUCCAAAGACCCCGGAAGAAUUGGCGGAGGAGGAGCGAGCAAAGAUGCCCGAGUCGGCGCUCUCGCGGCUGCUCAAGAGGCGAGGACUGCCUUCGCGAUGGUUUGGGCAGCGGCCCGAGCACGAGACUAACUAAACGAAGAAAACUCUCGUCUUGUAUAGAAUAGCGUGGAACUUUUAUCUGUACAUACAAAUCACCAAUGAUAAACUUUUUAAAAGGUCGUACGUUCGAGACUUAAA